ACAAGUCAAUAAACUAACCGAGGGCUAAUAACGUACGGAAUCACUCAAAUAUAUUCAGUUUUAUUGCAAAAUUAUCAGUUUAUUUGAAUGCUAUUGUAACGAAUGCGCUACGUUUUAGUACAAUUGGUAAGAUUCUACGUAUAAUUGAGAAGACAAUGCACAUGAUUGAUAUCCCAAUUUCAAAUUAAUGAUUUUCAUAGCAGGUCGCCAACUGAACGGCUGUCUAAUUCAGCAAGUGCUCUAUUCAUUCCGCACACUGUAGUUAAAUUAUAAUAUUUUCAUUAAACUUAAUAUAUUUUAGUUUCUAAAUGAAUUUCGCCUUUUUUUACAUCGUUCUCCUGAACCUGUUGAACUUUUCUGAAAUCAUUGCCCACCGUUUUCCCGCCUCUUUUGACGACGGGAUACACAUAUGGGGUCCACCAGCUUGUAUUGACAUGCAAAUGUGCAGUGGUCCGCCAUACCACCCUACAUGCGGUGCACCAUUACCUAUAUGUUCUAUACCAUCAACUCCGAUACUUGAAGUCGCAGCUUCUACAUCACCUGUUGUUGUUGUACCAACACAGGAGCCACCUCUGGAGAUAACCAAUGGCGCACCAUCUGCACCUGGCGGAACUCCUUCAGGUCCACCAGGGACUAAUACAACACCAAAUCCCAAUAAACCACCAACGAAUACAAAUGGUAACACACCACCAGUUAAUACUAACCAACCAUCUGGCGCACAACCCAGUCCAACCACUCCGCCCAUAAACGCACAGCCAAGUAAACCACCAACCAGUGCAAAUAACAUUUCCCCAAAUAGCAAUACACCUUCACCAAACACGAACCCACCAUCACAAAUACCACCUAACACCCAACCAAGUGCCAAACCACCAACUAAUGGGAACAACAUAUCACCAGCUGGAAAUAUUCCACCAUCACAACCAGCUGCACCACAACCAACAUCACCCACUAAUACAAAUAACAACAUUUCACCCGUUGGGAAUACACCACCCAAACCAGCAUCACCAUCACAACCAAUAUCACCAUCACAACCAGCACCACCACAGUCUACGCCACCAAAUAAUGCCAAUAACAACAUUUCACCAGCUGGAAAUACACCACCCAAACCAACAUCACCAUUACAACCAGCGCCACCACAACCAGCACCACCACAACCAGCACCACCACAGUCUACGCCACCAAAUAAUGCAAAUAAUAACAUUUCACCAGUUGGAAAUACACCGCCCAAACCAACAUCUCCAUCACAACCAGCACCACCACAGUCUACGCCACCAAAUAAUGCCAAUAACAACAUUUCACCAGUUGGAAGUACACCACCAGCAUCACCAGCCUCGCCACAAUCGACACCACCAAAUAAUGCCAAUAGCAUCAAUUCACCAGUUGGAAAUACACCACCAGCAUCACCAUCACAACCAGCACCACCACAAUCGACACCACCACAGUCGACCCCAGGCAAACCUGGUGUAUCUGCUAACUGUGGAGAUAUGGUAAAAACUUGUAGUGAUGGUAAACAUGUUACGGUGACAGUUUCUGUCCCAGUUAAUGGUGGAACCAGCUCAACUAAUGCGACAGGCGAACUUCAAAGAGAUGAAAAUGUUUCAAAAACCUUCGAUUUCUGUCCGGUUAUGUUUAAAAGAAAAGGUUGUUAUAAAGACAAACAUGAUGGUAUUCAUCCACUGCCAGAACUUCUGUUCACUGACCGUGACAGUUCAUCUAAAGUGUUUUCUGGAACUACUAUUUCUUCGAAAGAUUGGGGAAAUUAUAUUCAGAAAUUAAUUUGUCGAUGUGCGGAGCAAGCUAAUCAAAAGAGGUUUACUCUGUUCGGAAUCCAACAUUAUGGAGAUUGUUGGAGUGGAAUGCAAUCCUCAGUAAACAAUUACGAAAGUCAAGGCAGAUCAAGAGCAUGUAUUGGAGGUGAUCAAGCACCAUGUGAGGAAGGUAGUGCAGCGUGUGUUGGAGAAGAUGGAGCUAAUUUUGUAUAUGAACUCACAGGUGGUCCAGGCCCUGAGAAAAAGAACAAAAUCGUUCGCAAGAAGAAAAGAAUAAAAGCUGCAAAACGAAAACACACCAUAAAUUCUCCCAUUGUAAAGGAAUUUCACAAGUUAAAAAAUUCACUAAAUUGGCUACAUCGUUCGGGAAGAUCUCGUUGAUUUAGCCAGCUAUGGGGAACGUUUUAGGAUCUCGGUCUUAACAGCUUAUCACUAUUUAACCCUUAGUGAUGUUGUUGUAAUGUUGUUGUAAAAGAUCACGCUGGAAUAACUGACUAACAUGGACACGAGGUCAUUAGGACGAUUAGGUAUAAAACUUUUUAAAAAAUUAUUGGAGCCGGUUGUACAAAGUUGGAUACUGAAUUUUUACCUAACACUAACAGUUCUGACUCCAGAGAUACCUUAGAAACAUUGUCUGUUGUGAGUGUUUUGUUCACAAAUAAACGCAUGCGCUGCCAUACAAUCAACGAGAAAUUUCAAUAUUGCACGAUCGAGGCCAUAGGCCGAGUACAAUAUUGACAUUUCGAGUUCAUUGUAUGGUCAGCAUGUGCGUUAAUUUGUAAACAAAAUACGAACAUAAAAUCUCUAACACUUUUAAUAUACAAUCUUCCUGCAUUAACCUAAAUCAUUGGUCAAAAUCAAUCACGGGGUUUCUUGUUGCCUGGUGACAGAUCAUGGCAAUCAUAAUUUAUUCCGAUAACCCAUGAAAAUCAUGGUUUAUUCAAAAAUGACAGCAAUCAAUGAGCUCAGAUUGUAUAUAAUAACUCAAUAAAUGUUAUAUUCUGUUCAUGGAUAUUGGUAGUUUUGUGGAUAAGAUGAAUAUUUUAAUUUAUACUCAUGUAUUUUGACACGCAUUCAGUCUCCUAUAUGCAUAUGUUGCUGACCAGCCUCGUACCCAGGCGCUUUAGUAGAAAAAAAUAUAACGUUGCAUUCAG